AUGCAGCGUGUGCACCCCCCUGCCAAAGCAUUCCAGGCGAAGAAUCACUUCGCCACAAGGAGAGGCAUGAUCCAUCACCCGUACCCUCCUGAUCAAGCACCUUACAUGCAAGCAUACGAUCGCACACUUCUUGACAACGACCGUUUCUCAGAUAUUCUCUUGCAACGUUUGAGCACCAAUGGGACGCCAUCAUUUCUCACAUUCAACGGUAACCCACCCACUACUAUUCUUGACGUGGGAUGCGGUGCGGGACAUUGGGCUGUUCGGGCUGCAAGACAUUGGCCAAAAGCAAGGAUAAUCGGCAUUGACCUGAUUGCUCCCUCAAGCUUAAAUGACGGAAACGCCACCCCACUGAACGUGGAAUGGAGGCAAAUGAACUUCAUUGGACACCGAUUGGGAUUCCCAAGCGACACGUUCGACCUUGUGCGCAUGGCGAACCUAUCACUGUGCAUCCCUGUUGAGAACUGGGACGGUGUUCUCAAGGAAGUCAAGAGAGUUUUGGCGCCCGGUGGGCGCCUAGAACUGAUCGAUGAUCAAGCAUUAUUUCCCACUGUGAAGCCUUUGGAAAACCCUCCACCUUCGCCAGCCGCCACGAGUGUUUUCCCUUCCCGGUGUCAUUCGUACAUUGAGUUUGACGACGACGAAUCUGACGACGAAAAUGGGGAGGACGACGACUUCAAGAGCUCAAAGAGCUCUCCAUCCAUUCACAGCCUGGACGAAGACUCAACGCCGCCAUACGAUGCUACUUCUGAAUGGACGAGAAAUGAGGCCAAUGCGAAACACCUCGAGGGUCUGUUCACGGAUAUGCUCUGGAGCAAAUACCAGAUUCGCACAGACCAACGAAGAAAUAUGGAAGAAGUUCUAGAUAAUGUUUUUGGCCGAUACAACUCCCAGAGAGUUGCAGCAAUGACCCUUGCCAUCGCACCUCCUGCAUCCAAUUCAGACUCAGAUCCUGACCAAGCGUCAAUAUCAAGUGGAGAGAGCAAGAUCCUGAAGAAGAAGAAAGGGGAAGCCUUCAAGCAGUGGAUCGCUGUUGAAUGGGACAAGAUUGAGAACAAGGGCAAGAAGGGCGACCGUUCCAGUGGGGAGAGUGUCCUGACACCUAUACCGCAAGUCAUCAGUCCUAAAGCAGCAGGCCGCCUAGGUAUCUCCUCACCUACUGCCACUGCUUCCCCUGCUCCACGAUCUCCCCGGCAUUCAGUAAAUCUUCCGCCCUCACGUCCCGCCCAAUCUCCUGGGUUGGUCCUGUGGCCUAAUACGUUAAUUGAACUGGGGUCUUUUGAGCUCGAGAUGCACGCAUGCAAGCACAUGCAGAGUCUACUCGGGUGCAAAGCUGCGCUACAUGAGUAUGCGCAGGAAUUGUACCGAGACGCCGACGGCAAUUCCCUUUUGGAUGACGCAGUGUUCGAUGAUCUAAUUUGGGACUACGAAUGCUUCCGCCGCAAGCGUUUCAACUGGCCAUCAGUAGCCUCUGAAACGAGAAAGUCAGCUCAUAACGAGCCCUCCGUCACUCCCAAUUUCCGACUUUCAGCCGACGCGAGUAUUCGGUCACGUCCCCGAGGGGGCUCAGACGCCAGCACGGAGUCGUCCCGCUAUGUGAAAGACGAGCUCACUUUCGUGCGCUCCAUCUACGUGUAUACUGCCAGCAAAAUCGCCACCGAUGAUAUUAUUUUGUCGUAG